AUGGCUCGUGUCUACAUGGAGACGAUGAUACAGAGAUGCGUCACCUUCUCUCAAAUCAAACAACUCCAAUCUCAUUUCCUCACCGCCGGCCAUUUUCAAUCUUCCUUCCUCCGUUCUCGUCUUCUCGAACGCUGCGCAGUUUCACCGUUCGGAGACCUUUCAUUCGCCGUAAAAAUCUUCCGUCACAUCCCGAAACCUUUAACCAACGAUUGGAACGCCGUCAUCCGCGGAUUCGCCGCUAGUCCUCAUCCGUCGCUCGCGUUUUCAUGGUUUCGUUCCAUGUUGCGGCAAACUUCAUCGUCGGCUAUAUGUAGAGUCGAUGCUUUGACUUGCUCUUUCACUCUUAAAGCUUGUGCGCGUGCGCUUUGUUCUUCCGCUACGGUUCAACUUCAUUGUCAGAUUAGUCGUCAUGGGUUUUCCGAUGACGCGCGUCUCGGUACUACGUUGCUUGAUGCUUACUCUAAAAAUGGAGAUUUGGUUAGUGCGCACAAGUUGUUCGACGAAAUGUCUGGGAGAGACAUUGCGUCGUGGAAUGCGUUGAUUUCGGGGUUAGCCUCGGGGAAUAGAGCGAGUGAGGCGUUGGAGUUGUAUAAACGAAUGGAAAUAGAAGGAAUCAGAAGAAAUGAAAUAACUGUUGUUGCUGCUUUGGGAGCUUGUUCUCACUUGGGUGCUGUUAAGGAAGGUGAAAACAUCUAUGGUUACUUUAAAGAUGCAAACUUGGAUCAUAACGUGAUUGUUAGCAACGCGGCUAUCGAUAUGUAUUCGAAAUGCGGGUUUGUUGAUAAAGCUUUCCAAGUGUUUGAUCAAAUCACGGGUAAGAAGAGCGUUGUUACAUGGAACACUAUGAUCAUGGGGUUUGCAGUACACGGAGAAGCGCAUAGAGCGCUAGAGGUUUUUGAGAAAUUGGAGGUUAAUGGUAUCAAGCCUGAUGAUGUCUCAUACUUAGCUGCUUUAACUGCUUGUAGACACGCAGGAUUAGUGGAGUACGGGACAUCAGUGUUCAACAACAUGGCUCGUAACGGGGUGGGGCCUAACAUGAAGCAUUACGGUUGUGUGGUUGAUCUGUUAGGCCGUGCAGGAAAGCUGAGAGAAGCUCACGACAUCAUAUGCUCGAUGUCGAUGGUUCCGGAUCCUGUUUUGUGGCAGAGCCUCCUUGGAGCUUCAGAGAUUCACAAUAAUGUUGAAAUGGCUGAGAUAGCUUCUAGGAAAGUGAAUGAGAUGGGUGUUAACGACGACGGGGAUUUUGUGUUGCUAUCAAACGUUUAUGCAGCGCAGGGACGAUGGAAGGACGUUGGACGAGUGAGAGAUGAUAUGGAGACCAAACAAGUGAAGAAAAUUCCCGAUCCAUGA